AUGGAUUUCGGCGGCGCAUCAUCAACGCUGUUAGGCGCUUUUCGCGAAGACAUUGGCCGAUUCGACUUUCAAAUUUGGUGCAUUUUUGCUGAAUGCUGGAUUCGGGGAAGUGAGAGCACAGAGCACAGAGCACAUUGUGACGAGCGAACACUGGCUGAGACCGACGCUUCCAAUAUUCCAGACGGAUCUAUCGAUACAAAAAACACCGUGGAGCACUACGAGGUCGCGAACACGGAUGCUGGUAUUGACCGAGAGGAGCUUGGUGACGAUGUCAAUCGGCCAUCCCCAUCUGCAGCAGCUGAGCUGGUCGCCUUCGACAGGAAGAUACUUACGAAGCUGGACGAUCUUAUCGUCCCGCUCAUGGCGACGCUGUACUUGCUAGUCUUUGUCGAUAGGACCAACAUUGGGAACGCCCGCGUUGCCGGCCUCCAGAGAGAUCUGGGACUGACUGAUCAUCAAUAUAAGACACGUAUUUUGACCGAGGAUUAA